AUGUUGGAGAAAACGUUCUCCACAUUUCAUGCAUCAAAUAUAAACUUGCAACAACAAUAUCGGUUGCAAAGGUUUCAAAGAUAUUCUGAUCUAAAUUCAUUUCUCCUCGUAGCAGAGAAAAACAAUGAGCUACUAAUGAAGAAUCAUCAAGCUCGUCCCACUGGAUCAUUAGCCAUUCCAGAAGCAAAUGUUGUUAUUAAUGAUGAUACUAAAGACUCUGGAAGAAAAUGGGGACGGGGUCGUGGCCGUGGUCAUUUUGGUAAAGGUAAUGGUCACAACCAUUCCUUCAAAGGAAAUAAUAAUUUCCGAGGUAAUUCCCAUGGUCGUGGACGUGGUUGCGGUCGUGGUCGAAAUCAAAGAACCCCUAAUUACCACACUCCACAAAAUACCAAUUCCAACCAGUAUAACAAAAGGAAUGAAGCUGGUAGGUCCGAAAACAAUGGCACUUCUUGUUUCAGAUGUGGAAGUACAAACCAUUGGUCAAAGGCUUGUCGUACACCUUCACAUUUAUGUGAACUUUACCAAGCCUCUCUCAAAAGAAAAGAAAAGGAGGUGAACCAUGUGAAUAAUUUUAAUGAUAUCAACGUCGAACUAAAUGUCGCCGACUAUACCAAUGAUAUGGAACUUUGA